CCCGCCCCGCGCACGUGUGUCCGCGCCGCCCAACCCGCCACAGCGCCGCCGCGCCACUGCGCACGCGCCACGGCUAGCCCCGAGAACUGCGGGGCACUACGCAUGCGUCCCGCGGGCAGGGGGUGGGGCGCGGGCUCCGGCUCGGAAGUGCUACUUCCGCAAGUGUUGCUGGGGGAAGCGCUUCGUGACCGCCCAGGCGGAGAGGGGCAGCACGGGGCUUGGGGGGCAGCCCAGGAUGCUGCCGACCCUGCUGCUGCGGCUGCGCAGGGCCGCGCACGCCUGCGCUGCGCUGCGACGAGGGUGCCCCCCGCGCCCUGCAUUGCACACCUGCCCUUGGCCCAGCCCGAGGCUCCCAGCAUGGGAGCCCCUCGCCAGCCCCGCGCGAGCCCUGUCUGGGCGGGCAGGAGCCGGGGGCAAGGCCCCGCUGCCCCUGCGGACGCGGCUGCUGGUGGCGGUGCUGCUGGGGGCCGGCGGGCUGGGCACGUGGCUGUACCUGCGCCGGGAGAAGGAGCUGCAGCAGUUGGAGCAGCGGGUGGAGCAGCUGCGGCACGUGGCCGUGGGCCAGGGAGACUUCCAGCUGGUGGACCACACGGGGCAGCCGCGGCGCAAGGCCGACUUCGCCGGGCAGUGGGUGCUGCUCUACUUCGGCUUCACCCACUGCCCUGACAUCUGCCCCGAGGAGCUGGAGAAGCUGGUCGAGGUCGUGCACCUGCUGGAGAACGACUCCCACCUGCCGCCCGUGCAGCCCAUCUUCGUCACCGUGGACCCCGAGCGCGACGACGUGGCCGCCAUGGCCCGGUACGUGCGGGACUUCCACCCGCGCCUGCUGGGGCUGACGGGCAGCCCUGAGAAUGUGCGGGAGGUGGCAAAGGCCUACCGCGUCUACGCCAGCGCUGGGGAUCCCGACGUGGAUGGCGACUACAUCGUGGACCACACGGUGCUCAUCUACCUGCUGGCACCGGACGGGCUCUUCCUGGACUACUACACCCGCGGCAAGAGCGAGGCCCAGAUCGCCCAGAGCGUGCGGCAGCACAUGGUGACCUACCGCCCUUUCAACCAAUAAACCCCCUGGCCCCAG